CAAAAUAUUGUUCACUUUCUGAAUGUUGGUUCUCUUUUUUCCUCAGACUUUCUAGAUUUUCCCGUUCGUGCUGAUUUCAGUCGUGUUUAGCUGCAAAAUUGCAUAGAAAAUUGUGUGAAUUCAAUCGUGGCUGUAAUAUGCUUCGAACGCUCUCGGUGAAUAAUGGCUCUCCGAUCACGCGAGGACAGUUUUUCAUCGUCAUACCAACAGCAGAAGAAGCAACUCCGCUUCCGUGGUGAUCUGGCUCAGCAGCACGGGUUCGCUGGUAUGGAAGGCGCCGCCCUCGGAAACCGGGUGGAGGAUAUUUUUCUGGAUGAGGGCUCCCGAAGAAAUAGUUUCGGAAGUUCGAGAAACGGAGAAAUCAGUAGCUCGUCCGGAGAAGGAAAAGAUCAUCGUAGCAAAAGCAGUCUGUAUGAUUUUAUCAAAAUUGAACUGACUCGUGGUUAUGUACUGGAGCACGAUGAAGAACGAUAUUCCGCGAGACGGGAGAAAAUCUACUCGUUCAUGAAGAUCCCUCGCGAGCUGGAGAGCUUCAUGGCGUACGGAGUCCUGCAGUGUGCGGAUUCGUUUCUGUACAUGUACACGUUUCUUCCAAUACGUUUCCUAUUGGCAUUAUGGGCAUUGAUAAGCCGCCCAGUGGCACGCUGUUUGGGAAUGCGAAGACCUAGUCAACGCCUGCUGGCUCCGGCGGAAAUUUGUGAUUUGCUAAAAGGAACUAUAUGGGUCAUAUGCAGUUGGGCUAUGUUCUAUGUUGACACGAAUAUGCUCUACCAUUUGAUUAAGAGUCAAUCUAUCAUAAAGCUAUACAUUUUCUACAAUAUGCUAGAGGUUGGUGAUCGGUUGCUGUCAGCCUUUGGGCAGGAUACGAUUGAUGCUUUAUUCUGGACAGCUACUGAACCGAAAGACAGCAAGAAGCAGCAUCUAGGAACGAUUCCACACUUUCUGUUCGCCAUCAUCUAUGUUACUAUUCAUAGUGCCUUGGUAAUGUUUCAAGCUACAUCGCUAAAUGUGGCGAUCAACUCUAACAAUAAAGGAUUGCUCACGAUCAUGAUGUCGAAUAAUUUCGUCGAGCUGAAAGGAAGUGUGUUCAAGAAAUUCGACAAGAAUAACCUCUUUCAGUUGAGCUGCAGUGAUGUACGAGAACGAUUUCACUUAACAAUUCUUAUGUUGAUUGUUUUGAUCCAAACAAUGAAGGAAUUCAGCUGGAAAUCGGAACAGUUCUUUGUCAUGAUCCCGGAUUGCAUGUACGUGAUGCUUACUGAAUUGUUUGUUGAUUGGAUUAAGCAUGCUUUUAUAACGCGUUUUAACGAAAUUCCUAUCGACGUUUAUCGGGAAUACACAACGAGCUUGGCUUAUGAUAUGACCCAAACCCGUCAGAAACACGCCUUUUCCGAUCAUUCGGAUUUGGUGGCUAGAAGAAUGGGCUUUAUACCUUUUCCGCUAGGAGUUGUUUUAGUGAAGGCAAUUUAUCAUGCUGUGUCAUUUGAAAAUGCCGCCUCAAUACUGCUGUUUGUUAUUGCUUACUUAGUUCUCCUCUCAUGUCGUGUUAUGAACACAGUUUGUACGCUAGGAAAAGCUUGUGAUUUAAUGCAAAAACAUCAGGAUGAAAAGAAUUUGCAAAACAACUUGCAGCAUAAUAGUGCACCGACUACUUCUACUCCCAUUCAACAUUCUCGUAGUGGCAGUAAACUCACAAGUGAUAUCGCAACGUCGCCAAUUCAUCAUCCGAUUAAUAGUAACCUGAUUCGUUCACAAACCAUCGAGUCAGUUCCACAGGUUAAAGUUAUUCCCGAACAUCAAGCCAAAGAUAGCAUUAUACGGGAAACUUCAACACUGGGAGCCACUGCUUUAUUCUCCAAUAGUGACGUCGAUUUGGAUGACGUGAAACUGAAUGACAAGGUUCUGAAUAAAGCUACCGCGGCAGACGAUCCGGCUCGCAAAGAAGAAGAAAAUCUGGCUCGUAGUGUUCCUGAUUUACAACAGCAGGACCCUUCUGCGGUGCCCGGUGUGUCGGGAGCCGCAGAUUCUUCUCCUGGCGAUGGUGAAAGUUUUUCCUCUUACCAAGGAAUGCAUCACCAUCGAACGCACAAGCGAUCCGAAUCGGAACCGUCGAUUCAGUUGGACGUGGAACGCAGUGGCACCUGAUCGGCUUGUGGUCUGUUGUGAAGUAUUUAUUGUAGAUUUAACAGCUGCGUGCAAGAUUGAUCACCGUGUGACGAUGUGAUACGCAUACUUAACAAAACUUACUGUACGAGAGUGUGAAACUGACGGAGACAUUCGUUCUCAUUGGACUCCAGUAUGUGCUUGAGGAAUCAUUGGUUUUUAUUUGUUUCUGUUAUUGAGACUGUGCGUCUGUACAUAAUAAAAUCUAGACCAGCAAAAUUA